ACGAUGUUACAAUUACCAAUAUAGGUUUCCGGGGUGCAUUCAUAAUUCACCGCAGAUCGGGUAUAUAAAUACCAGCUCGCGUUUCGUCAAUUCAUCCUCACAUCAUCGACUCACAUGAACAGGAUCAACAUGAAUCCUCUUACGAUUACCCUUUCGACCUUGACACUUCUUCUGGCCCUCGGUUGUUGUCUCGGAGAUGGCUAUGGUUAUGGGGGAGGGUAUGACAUGUACGGUGGUGGAAUGUCUGGGGGAUACGGCGGAUACGCCGGAUACGGAAACGGCUACAUAGGCGGAUAUGGUCAGGGUUACGGAGGAUAUGGAAAAGGCUACGGAGGGGGAUAUGGGCAUGGAUAUGGAAAAGGCUACGGAGGGAAAGGAUAUGGCAUGCAACAAACAGCCAUGUACAUUCCUUAUCCUCAAUACGUUGGACCCUCUCCCGGUCUCGUCGCAGGAGCUGCCACAGCAGAAAAUAACCAGGACAACACUCUACUUUUAUUCGGAGGAGGCCUCCUUCUGCUUCUGCUGUUGAGUAAUAAUAACAUUGGUUAGAACAUCAACCUAUCUUGGAUCAUAACGGAUUUGCUUAUUUUUGUGCGCAAGAUUCAUUGGCUGUUACCAAAGACCCCUGUGUGUUUCCUGAUUGCAUUUUGUGUAUAUUUUUUCUCUAAUAAAGCAUUUACUUUUAUGACAGUA